UUCGCGAGCUACAACUAAACAAAAAGGAAGAAGAUAUUUCACUGUGAACCAACCGCGAAAGUUAAAAACAUUUGGAGAGCGUAGGAAAUAUGGCGGCGAAACAAAAAUUGUCAAAACACCGACAGAAAAGUGUGGAUUUCAUGAAGGUAAAUACUACGUUUGAAGCGCCCAGCUUUGACUCUGCUUUCAUCGAAGGAAAAUUGUGUGGCGAACCAGAGGAAGAAGAGGACUGUGACGACGGACCUGUGGUCUUCAUCUGUGCAAAGUGCAAGGUUCCUGUUGGGGAUUCAGUGUCCUGGGAUGGAAGUGAAGACAGCCAAAACCAAAUAAGAUUGAAGCGUGUCACAGACAACGUCUUGGUUGGGAACGACAGUCGACUGUAUGAUGCAGGCAAAAAAAAUCUCUGUCUGAUCAUGGAUCUCUUCUGUCAAGGCUGCCACUCUGUGCUUGGCAUGAUUUAUGCAUCUACCCCUAAGAACCUGGAUCACAAGAGAUUUGCAUUCUGCUUCAAUGUAGCAGACAUUGACAGCUACGUGCUUGGCUCUGCAAACCAGAUGUUGGCAGCAGAUGGCCCCAAAGAGCAGCCGGUCACACUGGAGUACAGAGGCAUUGUGGAACAACAGCUGACAGAGAUGAAAAUGCUGGUCAUUUCCAUGGCACAGAGGCUAGAAGAGAUCGAAGCUGGCCUUCAGGAGAGUCAUGAUGAGGUGUGACAGUGAUGGAUGUUAGCUUGUCUGGGUGUGUGCUUUGUCCAUGAGUUAAGCAUGAGGAUUUAAUAUUCUCACUCCUCAGCCCUGCCUUAACAUUAAUGCAUCCUCCUUUAAGUUUUAUCUCAACAACAGUCCUGCAGUAACACAGUCCUGUAAUAUCAGCACAUACACAUUGCUCCCACUCGGCUUUGUCCUGGUUACCGAAGAUGAAACAAAGACUGCCUACCCUUGUAAUCAAUCAUGUUGUGUCAGCUGCUGUAGACCAUGGCAACACCUUAUCUGUGCCUCAAUGCAGAGUGAAUGCACAAUAGGAGCAGAAUGUUUAUUUGUGCAGGAUUUCAUCAAGCAGACUGCACACUCAGCACAAUGGUUUAUUGAUCGGGCCACUCAAGGCCAGGCACACUUUUUUCUUUUCUGAAGCAUGGAGUCUUGCAGCCGACAGGAUUUCUGGCUGUAUUCUGUUAAUGACUAUAAUUAAACAGCACUGAAUUUGUGUUAAGAUGUUGUUUUCACCAUUAAAGAACACAUAAGUCAUUUAACAUUGAUCGCCUCACUGUUAGGCACAUUACUGGGCGAUCUCUCCUUUUUUCUAUCAAGUAGUCCCUUCAUUUGUUGUUAUUUGUUUUUGCAUGUUCACAAUUAUAUAAGCUUGUUC